GCCUAGCAAAGAAGCAGUUAGUCAAAAUGAUACCUGGAGGCUUAAGUGAAGCCAAACCUGCCACUCCAGAAAUUCAGGAGAUUGCUAAUGAGGUUAAAUCUCAGCUUGAAGAAAAAACAAAUGAGACUUACCAGAAAUUUGAAGCUAUAGAGUACAAAACUCAAGUGGUUGCUGGAAUAAAUUACUACAUUAAGGUGCAAGUAGGUGAUAAUAGGUAUAUUCACAUUAAAGUAUUCAAAGGUCUUCCAGUACAAGAUUCGUCUUUGACACUUACUGGUUACCAGACUGGCAAAAGUGAGGACGAUGAGCUGACAGGCUUUUAACAGCAUUUUCCAAAAGUCGUCUGGUAUUUUCCACUGGCUACUGAUCAAUGAUUCCUGCUAAAACAUGUAAAUUUCAAUAAAGAAGCAUUUAUUUUCAAAUAAAUUGAUUUCUUCAACUA